AUGAUCGGCAGUAGAACAUUGCAAGGGCUGGUCGCCACGGCGCUGGCAACCCUGCCAUUGGUGAAUGGACAGCAGCCCGGUUCGGUGACGCCUGAAGUCCAUCCCAAGCUGCCCACCUGGCAGUGCACGAAGAGCGGCGGCUGCGUCGAGCAAGACACCUCGGUGGUGCUCGACUGGAACUACCGCUGGUUCCACACCUCGGACAACACCACCUCGUGCACUACGUCCUCGGGCAUCGACUCGACCCUGUGCCCGGAUGCAGCCACCUGCGCCGAGAACUGCGUCGUGGAAGGCACCGACUACACCAGCAGCGGCAUCGAGACGUCCGGCAGCUCCCUCACGCUGAGGCAAUUCGUCAAGGACAGCGAGGGCAAGACCAACAGCGUUUCCCCCCGCGCCUACCUCCUCGGCGCCGACGGCGACUACGUCAUGUUCAAGCUCCUCAACCAGGAACUGAGCUUCGACGUCGACGUCUCCACGCUCCCCUGCGGCGAGAACGCAGCGCUCUACUUCUCCGAGAUGGACAAGACCGGCGGGCGGAACGAGCACAACACCGGCGGCGCCAAGUACGGCUCGGGCUACUGCGACGCACAGUGCCCCGUCCAGACCUGGAACAACGGCACGCUCAAUACCUCCCACCAGGGCUCGUGCUGCAACGAGAUGGACAUCCUGGAGGCCAACUCCAAGGCUGAAGCCUUCACUCCGCACCCCUGCAUCGGCGACAACUGCGACAAGGGCGGGUGCGGCUUCAACUCGUACGCGCGCGGCAACAAGAACUACUGGGCGCCCGGGGGCACGCUCGACACGUCCAAGCCCUUCACCAUGGUGACGCAGUUCAUCACUGACGACGGCACCAGCUCGGGCAAGCUCAGCCAGAUCGUGCGCUCCUACGUGCAGAACGGCCAGAAGGUCGCCAGCGCCGUGUCCGGCGGCGACAGCAUCACCGUCGAGGGCUGCUCGUCGUCCGACGCGUACGGCGGCCUGGUCGGUAUGGGCGAGGCGCUGGGCCGCGGCAUGGUCCUGGCCAUGAGCAUCUGGAACGAUGCCUCGGGCUUCAUGAACUGGCUGGAUAGCGGCGACAACGGCCCGUGCAACGAGACGGAGGGCGACCCGGCCAACAUCCUGGCGAACCACCCCGAUUCGCAGGUGGUGCUGUCCAACAUUCGCUGGGGCGAUAUUGACUCGACUGUUCAGCUCUAG